AUGAAUAAUUCAGAAGAGUCUUUGUUGUUGCUUCUAAGCUUCAUCAUUCUAACCCUUAUUGUUACAUUUGCAGCUUACAUGUGCUCUAUGGUUGUUAAUAUUCCGCCAAUUUCUUCUUCCACUGCUCCAUCUAUGCCUAUUGGUGACACACACACUAAUCACACCACAAUCACUGUGGAAGCAACUGAGCCACGCUUAGAUGAGACUUAUGCAAUCUCCAAAGGGAAAAUUUGUAAUAGUGGUUCUUCAAGUUGUAGUUCUUCUUGUUCCAUAUGUUUGAUGGAUUACAAAGAAACUGAUUUGCUUAGAGUGAUACCUGGUUGUGGUCAUUUGUUUCAUGCCAACUGCGUUGAUCCUUGGUUGAGAAUUAAUUUUACUUGCCCUGUUUGUAGGAGGACAGUAGGACACCAAUAA